CGACGACGUUUCCACGCAGACGUGGUUUCCUUGUGUUCCUUGGAAAUUGCUCGACAGCAAAGAAAAUCUCGCCCUUAUCCGGAUACGAAGCUCAUCGGAAGCCUAUGGGGACCUGUGGACUCUGGUGAGGACUCUUCUUUGCCUUGUCCUACUGAUCCUGCUCGUCUGAUAGACUCAAAACAAGCACGGUUGGCGCUUAGGCUUAGUGCGGCCGAGCCGCCGCGCUCGCCCGACGAAGAAGAAGUGUUUGUGCCAGAUGUGAGCUCCUCAUCUGUACCUUCCACCGGACUGCUGCGCGUGACAACAUCCAUGCCAACCAUGCAGCCGAAGUGUGCAUCCGAUAGCUCGAAUACCCAAGAUGAAACACCGAAGGACAGUCCUCUGCGUGAUGUGAAUGUGAACCUAUCCGCAGUCGUGCCGACGGACACUGGUGACCAUAUGGACGUGCAGCCCUCUGGCGGUUCGACGAAUGCAGCCAAGCGAGGUCCCCCUAUCAACGUGCUUCAACAAGACGCCAUCGCAUCGGAGCAACCGGCAAAAAAGGUAAGGGCCACCCCAGACUAUUCCUCCACGGCCUCCCCUACGCCCGCUCCCUCUCAGUCUUACCCAACGCCCACCCCUUCUCAAUCAUAUCGAGUUCACAUACGGCCCCUUUCAUGCUACGACAUAACUUCAGUAGCCACAAAAUAUGUCCAAAGGGUCAUCGACCAAUCUCUUGAAACCACCGGAUACAAAGGGUUCGCAGCAUAUAAAUCUACCAACUCGAUCACUGUGCACUUGGCAUCUCUCAGUGAUGUGCAGAAAAUGUGCACUUUAACAUCUAUCCCGCUGUCAGAAGAUCAACACCUGCCUGUGCAGUGCUACUUUGCAUCGGGCCCUAAUAUACAGAGGUGUGUUGUCUAUGGCAUUGACCCAGAAGACACCCCUGAGGUAAUAUGUCGUGAAUUGACCUCCACGACACACAGGGUGCUCGCAGCUAGAUUCAUGGGCAAAAGCCGUACAUGCUUAGUGACGGUACAGGGCCCUCAAUGUAUCCCAGAACGGUUUUAUUACUAUGGUUGCAUAUUGCGACCUAAACCAUACCUCCCUCGAGCAAUAUUCUGCUACCGCUGCUUUCAACGUGGACACAUGCAGGCAUUUUGCCCACAGCGUACUAUUGAUCCAGAAAAGCUCACACCAGAAGGCCAACCACGAUAUCGAUGUGGCUUAUGUAAAUCUGAUGAGCACGAUUUGACAAGCACAAAUUGUCCGACUAAACAGAAGGCCACAAUCCGGAUACGAAAGGCUAUACCAAAAACGACUAUAGUAACAACACACAAUCGUUAUGAGGUUCUUGCAGAAGAGCCAGAGAUGCUCCUGGCAGAAGAAGAAAAAGCCCCAGAAACACAACUGUAUUCUUCUGUUCUUAAACGUGGCAAGCAGUCGCAGACAAAGAAACAGAAAUUACCGGAACCUCUGCAUCAGUCAGAUGAUGACCAUGAUGACAUUGACGCUCGGAUAGACGCACUGGCCAGAGAGAUUGAGCGACUACGCAAACAUAAAGAAUUGGUAAUUCUGCGUCGUCAGAAAAUAGGACCGACACGUGACGCUUCAACCACUGCUAAUGCCACCGUUACGCCUGGAUCCCGUCCGGCACCACAGGUCAACCAAGCUGUUUGGACAGCAGUUUUAGAUCAACUUGCUCAGCUAACGUUGCUCAUUCAGAAUUGCCUGCAUCAUGGCUAAUUCUCUGCAGCAGCUGUCACAGGAUGGAAUUCUUCAGUGGAAUUGUCGGGGCCUAAACUCCAAGUUAGGAGAAAUUAAAACCAAGCUUCAAUACAAUAAGCUACAUGUGUGGGCACUGCUUAUUCAAGAGCAUAAUAAGCUAUGCUCCCUAACCAAUUUUAAUGGGUACCAUAACCCAUCUAUUAGAGAUAGACGUGCUACUACAAUGGCUUCAGCUCCGGGGAAAGCUGCAGUUUAUAUAUCAUCGCAAAUUGCUCACACAGUGAUUGACCUGGAGCCAUGGUGUAGUGGUAAUCAAGAAGUUGUCGGGGUCCUGACACGACCAGUGAAGACUCCUGUCAUUCUAGUGUCAUUCUACGCCAGACCGCAGCGCACACGUUUGAACUUGGGGUGGAUAGCCCAUCUCCGGUCUACGUACCCGGGAAUUCCUAUUCUCGUGGGUGGAGACUUCAAUGCCCCACAUACAGAAUGGGGGUACAAGUACAACUCCCGAAGAGGAUGCCAAGUUAAAAACAUCAUGAGCGAUGCCACUUUUACACUGCUGAACCAUCAUGCUGUGGCUACCUGUACUGUACCCGCAGUAUCUAGAACAAACGCCCCAGACCUCACGUGGUGGUUGGGUCCUGGAAUGCCGCAGUGGCGGGUGGAACCAGAUACAUGGGGCAGUGAUCAUAUGCCAAUAAUAAUUGGUUUGCACAGAACGUGCAUAAAGAAAAUUCGACGACGAGUAACAGUCACGCAUUGGGAUAAGUUUCGGGAAUCAUCGACUGAUAAAGUACCCUCAGAGCCCUCAGAAAUUCUUCCCGCUUUGAAAGAACUGCUACGGAGGAACACCACUGUAACCACAGUUGACGAGGAACAACCUCAACCGGACCUCACCCUUUUGCAGCUUUGGGCAAAGCGACGUCAGGCAGAAUUGUAUGCGUCGAGAAAUCCCGAUGCACCAGGUAGCCGUGCACGUGCUAACCAUAUAGCGGCGAAGGCGCGUCAGCACGAAAAGCAACUUUCUCGACGACGAUGGUAUGAGUGGUGCGAGAAUCUUGGAUCGGGCAUUGGAAACAGAGCACUUUGGCGCACGUUCCGGUCAAUGGAACGCGGUCAUAAGCAACCUGACCCUGCAGCGAGCGUUAGGUUAGCGAUGCAGAGUUCGCCGCAUCAAUUUGCAGAACACGCUGCUAGAGCGUUUUUCCCGAAAUACGAUCAAGCGUCACCUAUAAACUGCCCCGAAAUUGAUGAGUGUGACACAACUUCCAUAUCCGAUAUAUCCAGCCCUUUCACCAUGGCCGAACUAAUAGCGGCGAUUGAAACUUCUAAGAAACGAACAACACCUGGUCCCGAUGGUAUUCCUUAUGAGGUUUUCAAGAACAUGGAAGGAGCAGCUCUCGAUGCACUUCUUCAGGCUAUUAAUAAAGUAUGGGAGACUGGAAACGUUCCACCUGAUUGGAAGCACUCAAUUGUUGUCGCGAUUCCGAAACCAGGAAAGUCUCCAAAUAGCCUGCAAUCUUUACGCCCAAUUUCACUAACCUCAACUGUCUGCAAACUCGCUGAAAAGAUGCUGGCCACACGAGUUUCCUGGUGGCUUGAACGCCACGAUAAAUAUCAUCCUGCUCAAAUUGGAUUCCGUUCUUACUUGGGAACUGAAGACGGACUUUCUAUCUUAUCAGACGAUGUUUUACAGGUUUCUCCACACAGUCACGCUGUGCGCACGGUAGUAGCAACAGACAUAACGAAAGCUUAUGACAAUAUAGACCAUGAAAUCAUUAUAUCCAACCUCAUCGACCUGGGACUUCCACCGCGGGUGAUAAGAUUCAUCUACUCAUUCCUUCAGAAUCGCACAUUUGCGAUUAGAGUAGAUGGAAGGCAAGAAGGAUACUUCACAUCGAACAGAGGAGUCCCACAAGGUUCGGUUCUGGCUCCUCUUCUCUUCAACGUUGCUCUAAUACCUCUAGCCUGGCAACUACAUCGGAUUCCAGAUGUGAGGUUCUUAAUCUAUGCAGAUGAUGUCACUUUGUGGUCCGUGCAUAAAGAUAUAUCUAGACAAACUCAACAGCUUCAAGAAGCCCUUGAUGUGCUGAACAACUACGCUCGGAAAGCAGGAUUGGACAUUUCCGCCCAAAAAUCAAGCUAUGUUGUGGUGGCCAACAAGAAAGGACGCACAAGAAUCACGCAGCACCCCUUUACAUUUAGACUCGGCGCAGUAACAAUCCCUGAGGCUUCUGAGGUCCGCAUACUGGGUCUCGAUAUUCACCAAUCCGGCAGUGGUGCACACUGGCUCCGUAAAACCAGACAGAGUUCGACAAAAACACUUCACCUUAUUCGUCGCAUUGCAGCAAAAGCAGCUGGAGCUCGUACUGACGUAGCUCGACGGUUGGUGCGUGCAGUCUUGCAGCCACGAAUUUUAUAUCAAGCACAAUUUCAACGGCUGACGUUGGCACAGCUAGCACAGUUGGAGACGAUUAAUCGCGAUGCUAUGCGCACAAUCACAGCACUGCCCCGCAUCACUCCGAUACCAGCCCUACAGGAACAUGCCCAGCUCAACACAAUUGCAGAGCUAAUUUUGCAACGUGAAAAAGCACGUGAAAUAAAAAAGCAACUUAUUCCGGCUGUCGCUGCGCUGCAUGCUCAUUUUCACCGCGGCUCUCGGAUUGACAAUCAGCCCUGUCCAAUGCCUCCCUGGGAAUUCACCAGCAUCACAACUAAUAAGCCAACGAAGUUACGACGCAGCGAUACAACAGGUACUAUUGACGAACACAACAUCGUCGCUGCAUCAUGCGUUAACACCUGCAAAGUCUAUACGGAUGCUGCCAUUCUCCCAGACGGCGGAAGGACAUCAUUCCUGAGUACAACGCAUAACUUCAUCAGCGGCCACCAGCGCUAUUUAUCUACGGAAGCCAGCGCUCUAGUAAUGGAACUUCAAGCCAUCCACGACGCUAUGCAAGAUGCGACAUCUAAGCUGCCUACCAUCAAGCAACUAGACAUCUUCACGGAUUCUUUAGCGGCUAUGCAGGAACUCAAGAAGGUCGAUAAGGCGAUGGAAAUCUGCGAGAGAAUACACACUAUGAAUAGUAAGACAGCUACUUGCGUCAAGGUACACUGGAUUCAAGGCCAUUCAGCGAACCCUCACAACAUUGCUGCUGACCAGCAGGCACACUGCCCUCCUAAUCCUGAUCCUCCACCUAUUCCCCUCCCACCCCAACCCCGUAACUCGCUGCGAGCCCGUAAAAAUGUUCUCCGGCAGGACACACGCGCUCUUAUCCCACCGUGUGUCUGCUCCCUCCCCCUUCACCUUACUAGGGCGGAGGAAGUUGUGCUUAGGAGGCUUCGGGCCGGGGUGGCCCUUACACCGGCUGUUGUCUCAAGGUGGAACUGGUCGCAUUUACCACUGGGUGCUACGUGUCCAUACUGCUCCGUUCCUGCGGUGGAAUCAGAUGCAUACCACCUAAUAUGGACAUGUACGGGUUUAAGUUCGGAACGCUCGCGUCACCUACUGCAAGCCGGCCUCCGCUACAGUGUGACAACCAGCUAUGACCGCUGGAUACAUGAUAACAGAUUUCACAAAACACUGCUUCAAUUCAUACACAACACAGGCCUCACAGCACACAUAUAAUACACAUAUACGCUCCAACAAUUAUGCCUUAAGGGCAAGCCUUCAUCGCAAUAAAAAAAAAAAAAAAAAAAGUGGGACAUCAACUUUCUGUUCGGUUUACAAGCCAUCGACAGCCAUCUCACUGGCAAAGUAUUGGUCUUUCGCAAAGCCCGUCAUACCGCUGCAUGGGUAGAUCGCAUUGAGAAUCCCUUAAGCUUAGCCGAGUACGCAGGGCAUGUCGAACAGCACCUGAAGAUCAUGGAGGCGUCGAGCAAGGUAAACCACGCAAUCCUGAUGGAGUUAGAGAGGUCGUUCACCGAAGCCAUACUAAGCACGUCGCACGAGCAAUCGUGGCUCACCCUAAGUAAGUUCGACAGCAAGACAGCGUCGUUAGGGAAAGGCAUUUUUCUAAAAUACCUCCGCCUUCAUUAUAACAAAGAUCAGUUGAACCACUCAUGGACUUCAGACGACUGGGCAGUACUUGAAGACGCCAAUGCCCUGACAAACAUCGACAAACUCUUCGAGAAACACAAUCGGGAGCAUCUUCUGAUCGGUAUUGCGUGGCUGUUCAUCCAAUCUCACCUGUGGGCGGUCACCGGUGAGCCAGAACUCAUGUUCCGCAACGACAUAGACGAGAAAAAGAAGCACGCCUGCCUGGAGUACGUGAACUCGCGCUUAGGUCUUCUCACCUCCGCCGAGCAUUUAACGCAGCUCUUUCCGACGUCGGAGUCCCGCCAGGAAGUCUCGGAUUUCUUGCUCAGCCUCAAGAGCGAGCUCAAGUCGCUGGCCGAGAAUGCCCGGUGGAUAGACCUCGAGACCCGAGAGAUGGCAAAGCGCAAGAUUGAUCGCGUCGACCUGAACGUGCUGCCGGCCGAGAAGUUCUUUGCGCCUCUACAGCGCGCAUUGCUUUACGAAGCCUUUCCAUCCAUGAACGAUUCGGUGUUCUUCGAGAGCUGGCUGAAGGCUUCGAGCACGUACCAGGCACUUCAGAGCCACAAGAACUUCCGGGAUGUGUACAGCAAGAGGCGGGUAUGCGGCCAGGAACCGCUGUCGUACAAUUACUUACUCAGCGUCGUCGACGCCGCGAUGGUGGCGCUCGAACCACCGAGAUACUAUGUUGGAGCGCCCUUCGCCUUCAACUAUGCCGGCGCGGGGACGCUGUUCGCCCUCGAGAUUUCCAAAAGCUUCGACGAGCUCGGCACGACCGUGGACAGCCGUGGCGAGACCGUGCACUGGUGGGGCAGAGCUCGGUCGGCCAACUACGACCGUCGCCUGUCUUGUGAUCUCGGCAAACACGUGACGAUCCCUCUCAUUCCCGCGAUACCGGCGCUGGAGGCGUCGUACUCGGCGUACAAGACAGCUGUCUCCCGCGAGGCGGGCUCGCGCGGUGUCAAGGAUGAGCUCAGGGUUCGAGGCCUCGACACUUACAGCGAAGAGGCGCUAUUCUUCAUGACUUACUGUUACGCGCUGUGCGGCGGGAAAGGCAGCACGAGGCUGCAAGAAAAGUGCAACGUGCCGCUCAGGCACUCCUCAUAGUUCGCCGAGGCGUUUCGCUGUCCCGAAGGUUCGAAAAUGAGCGCUUUGAAAAAGUGCACGUUCUUUUCUUGAGCGCCCAGAUGCGCCGCACCAUGCUUGGAGUGUUGCAAAGUAGUCGCACAAGCAGGCAAGAACAAAAUAAUGCUUGUGGUCUUUUGUUUCCUUUAAACUAACAGACCUGCAGUAGUAUUUCCGUGACAGUAUGAUAGUUUUUUCUGUGUCGUAUUUUUCCCUCGCUCGGUGCUAAUUAUGCCACCUUGCUAUUACUUAAGAUCCUCAACUGCGUUUCCUAAUGUGUUUACGAAUUUCUAGCCUGUAUCUUCUGUCGUGAGUCUGUGCUACAUUCUGCAAUGUAAAAACGUAGCCUAUG